CCUGCGCGAGCGCAGAACCCUCCCCGAGUCCGGACUGCAGGCUGCGUGCCCACGUCGGGCUCUUCGCGCGCACCGCGGCUCCCCACACCCACUUGCCGUCCCCGCCUCCCUCUAGCCGGUGUCAGACCCUUAUCUUCUGUCUGUCCCUACCCCCCUCCCCCGGCUUUCGCCGAAUCCCGUCAAUUUGGGAGUAGGCCUGAUUCAGGCCAGGCCUAGUGGGCUAAUGGCCAAGCGGCGCGCGGCGGAGCCGUUGGCGUUCCACGUGCCCUGGAAGCGGCUCCUGCCCUGCGGCCGCCUGGACGACCCCGAGCCGCUGCCGCCGCCAUCGCCGUGGUCGCCGCCGGGGCUCGGGCCUCGGUUGCCGGUAAACGGUUCCGAGCUGCGCCGCAAACGAAAGCGGGAGGACGGGGCUAUGGCGGAGCUCCUGUCCUCUCCCAGCAAGCGCUCCGGCGACGCCGCGGGCCCCAGCGGCCCGGCCCCUGGGGACGGGUCCCGCAUGGACAUUGGAGAGUCCAAACCACCAGCCGAGCUGCGCGGCCCCACGGAGGAGCCCGGGCCGCCUACACUACUCCGGACCUGCGCUUCGGAGACCGAGCGGGGCGCCGGAGAAGAGGUCCCGCGGCCCAGAGGCUCCAGGCCCGGCGAAGAAGAGCUUAUUGAAGAAUUUUGGCAGUAUAAUACAUUUCAAUACUGGAGAAAUCCAUUACCUUCCAUUGAUCUGUCAGAAAUUGAGAAACUGACUGAAGCAACUCUUACCAGCAAGGAUGAAGGUGUUGAAAUUGACAUGGAAUCUUGACAAAUGGAUCUGCUUCAGAUGGAAUAGUGGUGAUAGGUUUCAUUUCAGGAUACUCAUCUGUUUCCAAAUCUACCUGCUUCUCUUCAGAAAAUGAAUGUUUCAGAUAUUUUGAAUUAUAGUACUCCAUCUGAAAAAAAAAUGAGAGAAGGACUUUUUAUAGAAAAAUGUUGAGACUAUUGACAUGUCUGAAAGGGAUUUUUUCCUGGGUAGUCAAGGACAAAGGAUAGUUAAAACAGAAAUGUUUUAAAACAUUGAUGUUUGAAGAAGAAAAAUAUGUUCAAACUUUAAACCUGAGUUUAUCUCUAGCCAGUUUAGGAGUUCUGGCAGUAUGAGAGGUGACGGAGAACUGAUGGAAUAUUAAACCAAAAAAGGUUUAGUUGUGGUGCAUGACAUUUAAGAAGUUUUAUAACAAAUGCUGAUGAUAGUAAAUACUAUAUUAAUACAUUUUGUUACCUGUGUUCUUAGUUGAACCAAAAAAGCUGUCACAACAUCUAUGCAAGCUAGAAAGGUGACUUUGUCAGCGUGUUUUCUCUUUCUGAGAACUAAUGACAUUUUUAAAGAACACUUUCCUUAUGCUGUGUAAUGUAAAAUAGUGGACAGUUUAGAAAGCACUCUUUGCAUUUGGGCUUGUACAGCCAUCAAUAUAAUUUGACUUAUGUUGAGUUGUGCCAAAAUGUCCAAUCAAAGGUGGAUGUGGAGCAGUGGGAACUGAUCAGGGGCUCCUUUUCCCCGGGGAUUAAGGGGAAAGAAAUUUUAUCAUACAAUCAGUUUGGUUGGUUUAGUUAUUUUUUUUUUUUUUAAACUAAUGAAGUUUUUUCUCUCUUAAAUGAUAAGAAACUUGUCAUAGCUGGACCAAUGUAUAAUUGCUUUGGCUUUAUCAUCUUAUGAUGUAUUAUGACCAAGUUUUAAAGUUUGUUUAUUAUUACUGUUGCAUAAUGGUAAGCUUUAUAAAGCCCUUGCUAAAAAAAAAAAUAAAUAAAGUUUCUAUUGUGUGUUUAAGUUA